AUGGAGGUGGCAGCUCUUCAGCAGCCAACACCGACAGAGCUCAUCACCAGCACCAUGGAGAACUCGAUGGACAUUGAUAUGGACAUUGACUUAGGUCCUUUGCCGGAGGCAGACGCCAUCGAGACGGACUUUGUCGAACAACAAGCUUUCACAGCAGAUAAUGGCGUCGUCGAUCCCCAGACAGCCGAGGCACACUACGAAAAGGUUCAUAUCCGCGGCGUCGACGAAAUGACUACAGAUCACAUCAAGCAAUUCGCUUUAAGCUAUUUCCCCGACGAAGAGGCCAGUCGUAUUGAAUGGAUUGAUGACACGUCUGCAAAUAUUGUCUACUCCUCCGAUGAGCUUGGCUUGCGGGCUCUUACCGCUCUCACUCAGCUUGGUGAAGAGGAUAUAUCCGCGCUCCCCGCGCUACGUUUACGAACGGCCAAAACGUGUUUGUCGCAUCCAGAGUCGGUCCUGCAGGUGCGAUCGGCAGUGAAGACAGAUCGCAAGAAACCACGCGCUCAUGAAUCUAGUCGGUUUUAUUUGAUGCAUCCGGAACACGACCCACGGGAGCGCUUGCGCCGCGAACUCGCAGAAAAGCGCCGUCAAGGAGGCAGACGUGACGAGAGCGAUGGCGACUACCGGCGCCUUCGAUUCGAUGAUCGCGAGCACCGUCGACGUCGGAAUAGGAACGACGAUGGAUUCACCGCGAGCAUGUAUGAUGACGAUGGCGCAGCUCCCGAUCGACGAGGCACAUCGAGCGAUUACUUCUCGGAAUCCGAAACACAACGUCGGCCUAGACGGGGAAGGCGCCAACCACAAGAACUUUUCCCAGAACGUGGUGGAAGUGGUAGCCGCGGUGGCUCUGGUCGACUUCGUGAUCGCAGCGCUUCUCCCGGACGAGAUGAUUUAGAUGCAAUGCGCAGAAGCGAUGAUGAAAAACAACAGAGCCGAAGACGCUUCCGUGAACGUUCUCCUAGGCUCGCUAGUGGCAGUCACGCCAACACUACCAAAGAAUUAUUCCCUGCAGGCGAUAGCCAAGACACCAGGGAGCUGUUUCCAAACCGGACUGCUGCAAGUUUUCUCAAGAAAGAACUUUUCCCGGCCAAGACGAACAGCAACCAUAGACGCACGGAUGCAUUUGACGCUGCAGAUGAGACUGCUGAUCUGUUCGCGAAGAGAAUCAGUGUGCCUCUUGUUGAUGGAGCUCAGGAUCAGAUUUACAUCAAAGGAGCUUCUAAUGACAUAGGCAUGGCUCUCCGUGGUCAUGCAAAGGGGAACACUCAAGCUGUCAAGGAAUUAUUCCCAGAUAAAUACAACGCCAAUGCCGGCAAGGAGCUAUUCUCGAACAAAUUGGAAGGACGUGGUGGUAGAAGACGUCGGGCAGAGGAUAUGUUUCAAUGA